CAGUCGGUCAUCGUUUCUGUUCUGACGUGGUAACAUCGAAUUUUGUUCAUACCGGCAGCAGACGCAUCAGCAAGUUAUUUACUGGUUCACUACUAAAAGUCGGAUUUGCGGUUGCUUUCUAGGGAAAAUAUGAAGCUAUUAGGGCUGCUCUUGCUUUCGGCAAGUUGUUUAAUCUCGGCAGUAUGGACCGCCAGAACUGUUUCUAAACAUAUAACGCCGCAGGAACAGGAUCGCUAUCAGAAAAUAUUCGCCGAAGGUCUCAAAUCUGGCGAUUUACAAAGUUUGUACUUUUCCUCUGCGAAUGUAGUCGCUGCGGACAAAACACCGGAAGCUUGCAAGAAAUUAAACAAUGUUUACGGGGAAUCAAAGUUUAACGAUUUCGAGAAAAACUUUUAUUUCACCGGAGUAUGGAAAAACUUUGGAUGUAAGGAACCGGUUCCAGCGAAAAUAAUGGAAUCAGUGAAAGCUGCCCUCCAGAAGGAUGCUGGCUCAUCGCAGGAAAUUUACUUCAACCUACACGCGGCGAAAAAUCUCAACUUACCCAUUGAUGAGACCGUUGAGGCUCAGUUGGGAAAAAACCUCCAAAAUGUGCUGAAGAAGGACGAUUCGUUGAACAGUCUUGGUCAUGGAUUCGCUGUGGCAUCGGAGAUUGGCACCCAUGGAGCUUUCGCACACGAUCGGGUGGAGGAGGCCUUCGUUCAGGCUGAUGAGGUGGACGGUAAAAUGUUGCAAUUCGAGGGAGGCUUAAGUAUUACCGCUCUUGUGGUGAACAACGCGUUCAAAUUGUCGAAUAAUCUGAAAAAGGCCGCACCAAUCAACGCUGAUCAGGCGGUGAAGUUUGCCACUUAUUUCCUGUCUCGAUCUUCCGUCCAGACCCCGAAAGGCGUUAGUAUACUGUUGGAGGCUUUGAACACGUUGACCGGUCAGAAAGCUAUUGCCCCAAUUUGCGUAAUGCUAUCAGGUAAUGGUCAGCUUUUGCCAGAAUCACCAAUUUUGAGCGUUAAAGUGAGUGAUUUGCUUGGAAAGCCCUUAAGCUCGGCUUUGGCUGUCGUGUCCACUACUAUUACCCCGAAAGGUUCUACCGAACCACUCGCUUCUAAGGUUAAUUUGGUUCAGAGCAACACAGAUGCUACGGUUUACACCUACAAUCUGAAGUCAUUGAACCCAAGCCGUGGCCAGUUUAAGGUUAACAUUGAUGCCGGCACUUACAAACAAUCCUUGAAGAUCAAUGUUCUCGGUAAAGUCAAGGUUAAUUCGCUUGAGAUUGGUGUUGGGGAUUCGGACAGUUCCUCGGCUGUCAAGAAACACACCGUUAGCUUUGCUAAUAAAUUGGACACGGAACUAACUGCCGAUGCCCAGCAGAAGAUUGUUCUGAAGGUUCAGCUUGUCGAUGAGAUUACCAACAAACCAAUUAACGUUCAUCAGGCAUUUGUAUUGCUGCGCAACAAGGACACUAAACAGGAAAUUAUUUUCGUUACUGAAGCCGAUUAUUCGAAGAAUUACAAAUUUGAAAUGGAUGUUGGGGCCCGAAGCAGUGAUUUUGGCCACAAAAGUGGUGUGUACUCGGUUGAACUUAUCGUUGGAGAUGCUUUGAUUUCCAACUCAUUCAAAUGGCUUGUAGCGGAUGUGAACGUAAAGUUCUCCGGUGACUCGCUGAAAGCAAGUGACAACCACGCUCGUCAGCCUCUGCCGGAGAUCGUCCAUCAGUUUCGUGUCCCCGAGAAGCGUCCGGCUCGGUUGGUGUCCGAUCUGUUCACCGGCUUGUGUAUAGCCCCACUUGCUUUGCUUUUCAUCCUCUGGGCCAAACUACGCGCCAAUGUGUCUAACUUCCCACUCUCACUGAGCGCCAUAGGAUUCCACCUGGGUUUCGGUGCAAUUCUUGUUCUGUUUGGCAUAUUUUGGCUGCAGCUGAAUAUGUUCGACACGAUCCGGUAUGUGAUUCCUCUAGGGCUGGUAACAUUCCUUUGUGGAAAUCGUCUCCUGAGAACCAUCGCGGCCCGAAGUUUGGAGAAGUGAGUGAUGGGGAGACAGGAAAUAGAUCUCUGCAUAAAUUUGCAAGAUAAUAACGCUGCACAGUGUGCAGUAAUUAACGCAACAGCAUAAUGGCCCCCUUGAAAUGGGAACAGAAUUCGAUUGAAAGUGUAAUCGAAUAAUUAGAAUGCAAUCAGAAGCUGUGUGGUAAUAUUUUCAGUUAUAAUGGAAAUCGCAAAAUUCAAUACUGUUCUUACAAUAGUUGCUAAUAUAAGCUGAUUGUAUCCAAUAAAAUUUCACAAAACAGAAUAAAA